AGGCAGGCAGAAAGGAAGCAGUGCAUCUACUCCUACCAUUUCUCUCUUCCGCUCGCCAGCAGCUCCCAGUGUUGAGAAGUGGUUCAUCGUUAGCGAUGGCGCCCUCGUCUCACGAGGGAGCUGGUCGUGCCGCACACCUCUUGGAAGCGGCGUGCUUCCGACUGCCCGCGGUGGAGGCUUGUGUCGCGAUCAAUCUCAUGUGCCGAAACCCUGGCAUUUGAUUGGAGCGGAAGAAAUCCUCUCUUGUCGUCUCUACAUAUGCUGCGGGGCUUCCGCUUGCUUCUCGUUCGACUGGAAGGAUGAUGCCAGCUCCCCGCUGUGCAGCGCCGGCAGCAAUGGCUCCUGACUGGGCCGUAUUUCAUGCGCCGCUCCACCGCCCUACUCGCUACCAUGACCCCGCCGGCAGCGAGAAGCGUAUCUACUGUGCAACGUGCGGCCUGCGAUGACGUGGCGUGGUCGGCCGCGAGCUCGAGGCGUCGUCAUUUUUGCACUGCCCACCACGGCUCUCAAGUAUUCCACAGCGCGUGUCUUCCAGCCGCCCUCGCACAAGGCUGAACCACCAAACCCCCUCGCGUUCGCCGCCAUGCAUCUCACAGCAAGCACUUGUGGUUUUCCGUGGGACUGGAGGCAAGUGUUAGUGAGCUGAGCGAAGAGGCUGUGAAGUGAGCUUGUCACCGACUAUGCUGCAUGGCGUGGCCCAGCGUUGCAAUGAGAACGGAUUAGUCCUAAUCCUGGCAGCAGCUAUGAGCAGUCCUUUCGUAUUCAUUGAUAUGUUUUGUUGUAAAUUUGUUUGUAGUAUCCCGAUUAACCUAAACGAUUGACUUACACUCUGUUAUUACUGUUUCCAGUGUCUACU